UCGAUCUAAUUUGAAUUUACCGCGAUUUCAAAGAGUAAUAACUCUGUCAAGUGAAAGCAGACGUGUUUAUAUUUCCGGUCAAAGUGAAAGUGCUUGGGAAAUGUCACGAAAUGAGCCAAACUUCCACAGCAACAUCGAUAAGUAUACCACCAGAAAUUGCUCUUUAUCAAGAUCAUGAAUUCUUAGAAGAUAUUGAACGUGUUGAUGAAUUAUAUUUCUCCAAACUUAUCGCUUCAAAUUUAGACGCGCGCGACAAACAGUUUUGUGACUUAUCCAGUGACAGCGAGACACAGGCAAGUGAUGAUGACAUUUUCAAUUAUGAUUCCGAUUCUGAAUGUGAAAAUAACAACAAUGAUGGAGAUGUUUAUGUACCACAUGAAGUUAAUGAUACGGACAUUAAGGAGUAUAUAAUCUGAUCGAAAUUUCAAAAUGACACUUGCAGUUGUAAGGAGUUUUAUGGAAUGCCAUGUAGCACAAAAAUUGACUUUGAAUCAGGAUGUGAAUUCCGUGAUCAGUCUUCAAUGUACUAGAGAGGAACUUGACACUAUUAUUAAGGCAGAGUUAUUUGCACACAGACGGUCUGGUUCUGGAACACAGGCCAAGAAACACAGAGAGAAAAAACGAGAAAGACCAUUUCAAGAAUAUCUCUUUAAUGGCCACAGAGUGUGUCGUACAACAUUUUGUUUUGUACAUGCUGUUGAAAGGAAGAAGCUACAUAAAAUUGCCAGAUCUCUGGAUACAGAUGGAUUUUUACCUAGAAAACAUGGUAACAGUGGCAAAGCACCACAUAAUAACUUAACAAUGAGGGAUCGGGAGCGGAUUAAAACAUUCCUUACCAAGUAUGCUAGUGACCAUGCACUGCCACUACAGUUCGACUGCUAAAUUACAAAUCAGAGAAAGUUCUUCUUCCUUCAGAAACAACAACUGCUGAUAGUCAUGCUCUAUAUGAGAGACUAGCAGAAGAAAUGAGCUUCAGAAGUCUACAUCUAAUGACUUUCCAGAGAACGUGGCACGAGUUAUGUCCAUACAUUACUAUUAUGAAACCAUGCACUGACCUCUGUCAACUUUGUCAGAUUUUUCCCAUAAAUUUUAUAUGGUUUCAAACAUGAAUGAUGAGGAAAAAAGUGGAAUCCUGUCCAAGUACACUCAACAUGUAUCAGAGACAAAACAGCAAAGGGACUAUUACAGACAACAAUGUACCCUAAGUAAAGAAACAUUCUUUCCUUACCAGAUGAAUCGAAACAGGCAGGAAAUCCACCAUGCUAUGUGGACAUGCACAUGCAUUAUUCUUGGGAUUAUGCACAACAGGUCCAUUUCCCUCAUCAUGCCCAGCAAGUGGGACCCAUAUUUUUCAAGACACCAAGGAAGUGUAAUGUGUUUGGUGUGUGUUGCGAGGGUUCAGAAAGGAAAGUGUUCUAUUUGAUUGAUGAAGCUGAGAACACUGGGAAGGGUGCAAAUUCUGUCAUUAGUAUGGCUCACCACUUCUUUCAACACCAUGGCCAUGGAGAGAAAAUAGCCUCCAUACAUUUUGACAAUUGCAGUGGACAAAACAAAAACAAUUUAAUCAUAUGGUAUGGACUAUGGAGAGUUCUUGUUGGACUCCAUAUAAUUGUGGAAUAUUCCAUGAUGGUCGCAGGACACACCAAGUUUGAUCCAGACUGGCAUUUCGGAGUCUGGAAAGUGAAGUGGCGUUCAUCCACUGCUGAAACAAUGAAUGAGAUUGCAGAAACAGUCCGUCAUUCAUCCCGGCGAGGGCAUAGCAUUCCUCAGCUUGUGUCCGAUCCACAAAAACCUGUGAAAUUUAGUGAUUGGAAGUCAUUCCUACAGCGUUAUUUUAAACCUAUGAAAAAUAUUAGAGGUUAUCAUCAUUUCCGAGUGAAUGCUGAUACUCCUGGUGUUGUGGAAUGUAAGGAGGUCUGCAAUGCUGUCCCUGUAUGUGUGAAUCUCUUGAAAGAUCGAAACAUCCUUCCCUCCAUAGAUGAUCCUCUGCCCCAAGAGAUUCUAGCACCUGGUCUUGAGCCUAGGAGACAAUGGUAUCUGUUUGAGGAAAUCCAUGAACAUUGUCGGUCCCCUAAUGCGAAAGACACAUCAUGUCCGAAACCAGUGGUACCUAAAAAGGAGAUGACAGUCGAUCCUUCCGCUGCCACAUCACACAUGGGGAAAAGGAAAUCUUUACUCCUUAGAUGAUUUAUGAUACAUGUAAUGUGUGAUAUAAGCAGUAUAUAAUGUUAAUGAAAGUGCAUUUUAAUGCAAGCAUGUAUUCAUCUAUUGAUAUUAAUUAUUUAUUUUACAUAGUUGUCUGUUUUCGUGAUGUUUGUUUUGCAGUUGAUACUUGUACAGAUUUGUAAAUUUUUAGUUGUGCUCAUUUUUACUGGAAUAUGAUAUUUUGUCUACAUGUAAACAUCUUGUAGGAAUGACUAUAUAAUUUCAAUUUUCAUGUAACUUGCAUGUAAUUCUUAUUCAAAUGUUCAUUGUUUACUUGUUUUAAACAUUCAUUGCUUGUUUUUUUGUGGAAAUAAAUGUUUCUACUUAUCUUAUUAUUUCAAAUGAAAACUGAUGUUUUUGUCUUCUUCAUUGAGGUCUAAAAUGAAGUAUUAAACAGACAAUGUAGUCAUGGUCAUUUUUGAAACUUUUUCUACCUCUUGAAAAAAAAAUGGUGAUUUUUAACUGUUUUAACUAAUUUGGAAUGAAAUCAAUAAUUGACUGAUUGUAAGUGAAUUUCAAUGUAUGAAAAUGUCAAAUGGGCUACUAGUAAUUUAAGAAAUCUUAGAUUGUUGAAAAUGAUUGUAUUGUUCAUUUGUUGACAACAGUCUCCUUAAAUUAUAGUCAGCCUUAUGAAUUCCAUUGUCAUAAUAACUCAGAAACAUGGUUUAUACAAUAGAUUAUUUGAUCUUUUCUGACAGUUUUAAGCAGGGAUUAAUAAAUAUUUAAAGCUUAAAUAAAAAAUGACUCUUUUAGUAUUGACUGAUAGUUGUAAAUACGUCAGAACGAAUGAUGACAUUAUGAAUCUUAAUGGAUGCGUUGUAUAUAUAGGACUAUAUCUUCUUUAUUUUUAGAGAUAUUUAAAUGAUUUUUUCUGUAUUUGUUCUUCAAAGUAUUCUGGUUAUAAAGAAGCAAAACAAAUAAA